ACAGUGCUGGAAUGAGUUCCGCUGGUUCUGACUCAGAACUUGUAACUUGGUGGGAAUUUCAUACAUUUCAAACCAACGUUUUCAGACUAUGUGCUGGAAACUAACGCAGUGCCAGCGACCUCCAAUGAACUGACAUACCGAGGGUUCAGACGUUAGCUCCCCGCAGUCAGAAUGAGCUCUGUGCCGCUGAAGAGGAUCUAUAAGCAGCUGCCUGUUUGUGUUGUGGAGGACCACCACGACGUGGUGUGUCACAUCUACCGGGCCAUAGCUUCGAGGCAUCUCCCAAUGAAGAACAUAAAAAUGAUUCAUUUGGACUCCCACCCUGACCUCCUCAUCCCUGUCAACAUGUCUGCUGACACAGUGUUUGACAAGGAGAAGCUGUUUGGUGAACUAAGUAUAGAAAACUGGAUAAUGCCGAUGGUGUACGCCGGUCACGUGUCCUGUGUGGUGUGGUUGCAUCCAUACUGGGCCCAGCAGAUUAGAGAGGGAGAACACAGCAUGACUGUGGGCAGAGACUCAUCCACCACCACCAUCAGAGUGACCAGUACAGACAACUACUUCCUCAGUGAUGGUCUUUAUGUGUGUGAGGAGCAGCUGGAGAACCCAAAGCAUUUCAGCCUGGGUGUGAUCCGAGUCGAUCCUGUCAGACCAGGUCACGGCUCACUGACAGAGCAGAGACCAGAAAAGGACACAGAGGAAUGUUCAGUCAAAAGAGCGAGAACAGGGCAGAGGAAGUCUGGAGAAUCCAGCAGCUCACAGCCAGUAAACACUGACUCACUGCAGCCAGCAGAGGGCAGCAAAGCCGAGGAAGGACCUGACAGCAAUGGCACAGGAGGAGCCGGCGUUGACGAUGAAGGGUCAACCGGCUACAUCGUGAAGAGAAUAUCUUCACUUGUAAGUGAGACGGAGCCGUACAUUCUGGACAUCGAUCUGGAUUUCUUCUCCUGUAAGAACCCCUUCAAGGAACUGUACACACAGGAGGAGUACUCCAUCCUCCAGGAGCUCUACAGCUUCAGAGGGCCCCGCCUGGAUGCCGAUGAGGAGGAGCUUGGUGAGUGUGUAGAUCAUCGUAUACGCCAGUUAGAAGACCUGGAAGCAGCAUUUGCUGAUCUACUGGAUGAUGAUGGAGAAGAGACGGUUACACGCUGGGCCACAAACCCUGGCAUGGAUUCACUACCUCAACUGGUUUCCAGUCUAAAGGCAAGAAAUUCAUGCCCUGACUAUGAAAUGGUUCACCAGGCAGGGUUAACCUGCGACACAGUCGAGCUUCCUCACCACAUCAGCACUGAUGAUGAGAUUGACAGACUUAUCUCAGCUGUUCAGCUCUUCCUGAAGGUCCUUCCCAAACCCACACUGGUGACAUUGUCCAGGUCCAGUUUGGAUGAAUACUGCCCAGUGGAGCAGGUGGAUUCAAUCCAGAGGAGAGUACUGGCUAUGCUGGAGGGCCUGUAUGGAGCACUGGACGUACACAGAGACUAUGACAAUAGCAGCACAGAGACUGAGGAGCAGUUGCCACAAGGAUCCUAACAGAAAAACCACAUCUGUCAUUGGGAUGAUUUUAUCAAGAUAAACACAGCAGAUAAAAACUAACACAUGAGAAACAUGUUAGAGUUUGAGGAAUCACUUGGAAACAGGACAAAUAGUUUGGAGAUUUCCUCCCAUAUUGUCAACACUUAGUCUAUGUGAGCCUUUUUUCUUUGCUUAUACACAGGAGACAGCCUGUGUAUAAGGCACUGACACCGACAGUGUUGUUGCUUGGCUUCUUAAUUUGAUGUGUUGAGGACAGUUUGCAGCCUCACAGACACUUUGUUGGGUUGGCAGCCCUUUCAUUGAUUCAGUAAGUAUAUACUGUGUAAGUAGGGUCUGGAUCCUUUGUUUGGGAAUUCCUCAGGGCAGCACAGGAGAGCCUUGUUGUGACUGAAUUCCUUCUUGCAAGAAUAAACUCUCAAAUAUAACUCCAA